AUGUCAUCUCAAAGGUAUUUUAAUUCUCAGGAAGAUAAAGAAAGUUUACGUGCGGCGGCUUCAGAACUUGUUAUCCAGAGGGUCUACCAAUGCAAGAGAAGAAUCAAUAGAAACUACAAAAGUAAACAGCAGUUUUCUUUUCCACUAAAGACAAACAAAUUAUUGCCAUGUAAAUCCAUCUCAGAAUUAAUUCUGGCCAGUGAUCGUUUGCAUCAAGGUAUUCGAAGAUCACCAAGGAAAAGAUUAUCAUUAACGCAUUCGGCUAAAUCUAAGGAGCCUUGUCGAAUGCCAGCUCUAGGAGAUUAUCUUCUUACUGCGUCACAGAUUAUGGGACAAAUUGUUCGACUUCCAAAUCCCCUGGUUGCAGAGAUCCAAGCAGAUGUUUUUUUAGCUGACAAUAAUUCUUUUUUAACGGACGGAGAAUUGAACACGUGCAGAUAUUACGCUUACGUGGACCUACAUCAGCUGGAAUGGGAUGAAGUCCUUGGUUACUGGAAACUACCCACAUCCCUGGCAAAAGGAUGUACUGCAUGGAUGACUGGGGAAGAGAAAACUUUGAUUGCCAUGGGUGAAGGUAUAGAAGAAGCACUUGUUAAACUCCAGGUUCAAAAGAAGCCCGGAAGGCAGUCGAUGAUUGCCAAACGUAGAAUAAAGGUGGCAAAGGUGGAAAAGGGACAUACAGAAUCGAAAGCAGAGUGUAUAAAUGUUGAGCAUAAAGAUGAGAUAACCAAGCCAGAAAUAAGUCCCGUACAAUUACAAUCUGAGGAGAAACAAAAAAUUCUGCUUGACAUAACAUCAUUAUUAACGAUCGGCCAACAGAAAGUUUCUCCAGAUUCAAAUAAUGAUUGCAGCCCUGAGGCUAUCCCUUCUGAAACUGCUGCCUCAAUGGAAUAUGCUAUAUUAUCUGAGACGCAGGAUGAACAGAUAAGUCAAGAAAAGCAGCCAGAAAAUGUACCGCCUUGCCAGACAAGUUGUUUUGAAGCUUUGGAAAGUGAAAUCCCGGAGAUAUCAGGGAAGACAAGAGCGCUGUUAAAAUAUGCCAAUAGAUCCAGUAAGAAGCUUCCACAGUCAGACAAAUCAAGGAGGGAGAUUGAAAUAACUAUUCCCAUCAUAUCACUUGAUCAUUGCCUCUCGGAAUUGCAUAAUACUGAUUUAAAGUGCUCUCUGCCCAGCAAGUCAGAUCCCAUCUGUGCUUCUCGCAAACACCCACAGCACAGAAAAGGCAAAAAGAUAUUUUCUCCAAUACAACCACAAAGCAACGAAAACCAGUCUUCUCGGUCAUCCGUGCAGCUCGAGUCGACAUCAUGUAAGCGGAUUCAACAAGGCAAACAUGAAAGUAAACCAAAAAUGGAGAGAAAAAUGAAAAGGAAGCCACAGAUCAUUACUAGAAUCAUGUCUGCUGCAGAAUCAGGAACGGGACAAACAGAGUUGGAAGCCCAGCUUACAAAUUACUUUGCUGAACAAACAGAUAAACUAACUAAGACAGCAACAUGGAAGCCAAUCCGCAUUCAUGGAAAAGGCAUAAUGUCAACAUCACCUGGCCUGGAUGUGAUUGGGUUUAAGAAAUCAAGUCCCUUUCAGCUACAGAGUGAAGAGAAAGACAAGUUCCUGUUUGAUGCUGAAUCACUGCUAAAGAUCAAGAAUCACAGACCUUCCUCAGCAAGGCUUAGUGAUUGUAAGCUUGAGGUUGUGUCCGCUACAAUUGCUGACUCUGUGGAAAUUUCGGGAAAGCUGGAAAAAUGUCAAGAAAGAUACAUUAAAAAAGAUACCGCAGAAAAUUGGUACAAAGAACACAGUGAUUCACCCCCUCAGGAUAAAUGCAUGCGGCCAGACAGUGCAACGUCCUAUCAAGAGAAGUGCACGGAAGCUUGGAAAUGUUUCUCCCGAGAAACAUUUGGGUAUAGAGGAUCUGUGGUAAAAAGUGCUAACGCCUCCCAUAAGAAGUCUCCGAAGGCAUACACGAUGUUGGCUGGUAAACCAAGCCCCACCAGAGCAACCGAUAACUGUUCCAAAACGUGUGGUGUUUAUUCACUGUGCUCGCCACAUGGGUCUGAUCAAACACCUGUCCCUCCGAAUGGGCAAGAACGUAAGAAGAGCAGAAGGAUUUCUAAUGCACACAGCUACCAAUCCAAGAAUGUGCUCAGAAGACAAGAAAAGAAUCUUUGUGGGCAGCAGAGUAUUACUCUGAUUUACUUCACACAAGACAAUUCCAGCUAAAUGUGAGAAAACUGAUGCCUUUUCUGAGCACUGGGUGCAUAAGAUGCAAUCAAAGUAAUUAGUUUUGUACCAGUAUAAUUUUCUGUCAUUAUUAAAUACAUGUGUUUACAUUUU